AUGCCUUCCAGAUCUGUUGACCAUAAAGCAAAUUACUUCACACAAUUAAUUUGGGCUGAAACAGAAGAAGUGGGUUGUGGAAGAGCUAAAUUUAUGAUACAUAAUAAAAGACCUAUUCUUAUUGAAAGACUUGUUUGCAAUUUCGCCCCAACAGGCAACGUACAAGGAAAGCCGAUAUAUAUAAUAGGAUAUCCCGCCACUCAGUGUAAAAAUAGUAUGAAUCCCGAUAAAUCGUUUACUGGUUUGUGUGAGACACGCAAUACACCAAAACCGUUAACGUUAAAAUAUAGAGAUAAAAUGUCUACUAAAGUUCCAUCUACCAGCUUUCUAAGAAUACUUAAUUUAUACAAUGAAUCAGCAACCCCAGAAAUGGAUCCUAUUAAAAUUUACCACAAUUCUAAACCAAACGUAAAAGUUUAUCAUGAAAAUAAUAAUUACUACAGCAACCAUAAAUCAAAACUUAGAGAUUUAUUAAGACAUCCAUACGAUGCUGUGAAACGCAGUUACCCUUUAGACGGUGACCACUUUUGGCGUAUUCCUAAUAACAAUUCACGAGAUCACGCAGAAUAUUAUCAAAAAGAAAGAGGACAUUCGAGAGUGUACCACGGCCACAAUCAUGGAAAUGAAUUUGAUUUAUUACAUCCAGAAACAUCCAAAAUAGAUUCUAGGAGGAAUAGGAAAAGGAGCGUACCAGAAGAAGAAAUAAAUUUUAAACCAUUUUGGGAAGUCGAUGAAUAUUCUAGUAAUAAACAUCCACAGUUAAAAUCUUUAAGAUUUACAACAUUAUCGAACAAAAAAAUUAAAUCCAAAAUACUUAAACAAAAUACCAGAAACUCAGCUAAAACUGAGUCUAUCACGAUUCCUUUUAAAACACAACCGGCGGUAUCAAAUAAACGGGUUACAGAAAAGUAUUUGUCAUUUGACGAGUUAUUACAUCUCCGAAAAUAUAACACAGAACUUAACGCACGAAGAUCUGAUGAAGACAGGGCUAAACUUCUGUCCGAUGACGGUAUUCCAAUACUCAGAGCAGAUACAACUAAAGCAACUACGACUGCUGCUACUACAGCAGCAACCACUUCUGAAUACACUGCUAAUACUCCAUAUGUUCGAAUGAAACAUUGCACACGCAAGUUAACUUGCACCUGGACUGCCGCUUCUAUGACUGACAGUAAUGGUAGUAUUAUAACUGGAGGUGGCGAUAAUAGUGGGUCUAGAACACCACCUGGCUACGUUGAAGGAUGUACAAGAACUUCGACUUGUACCAGAGACUACAUGAAUCGUAACAAAAUGGCAACAUUGCCCGUUGAAGUUACUACUAUAGAAAAUGAAAGCGGUGAUGAUGAAGAUUAUUGUGAACUAAGAGAAUUCGGAUGUAGAUAA